AUGUCGCGAAGAUACGACUCUCGAACCACAAUCUUCUCUCCAGAAGGACGGUUAUAUCAAGUCGAGUAUGCUCUAGAAGCUAUAUCACAUGCUGGGACAGCUCUUGGAAUAUUGGCACAAGAUGGGAUAGUCCUUGCAGCCGAACGGAAGGUUACUAGCAAGCUACUCGAGCAAGAUACAUCGGCUGAGAAGCUUUACAUCCUCAAUGACAACAUGAUCUGCGCAGUUGCUGGAAUGACUGCUGACGCCAACAUCUUAAUCAAUUACGCCCGUCAAGCCGCGCAAAGAUAUCUCCUUACCUACAACGAGGACAUCCCCUGCGAGCAACUAGUUCGCCGCCUAUGCGAUCUAAAGCAAAGCUACACUCAGCAUGGAGGUCUUAGGCCAUUCGGCGUGUCGUUCAUCUAUGCUGGUUGGGACCCACAAAGACAGUUUCAGCUAUACCAAAGUAAUCCCAGUGGUAACUAUGGAGGUUGGAAGGCGACCAGUGUCGGCGCAAACAAUGCCAGUGCCCAAAGUCUAUUAAAACAGGAUUACAAGGAAGACUGCGAUUUGAAAGAGGCUUGCGGGAUGGCGGUGAAAGUGCUCAGCAAGACCAUGGAUUCCACCAAAUUGAGCAGCGAGAAGAUCGAGUUUGCAACGGUUGGAAAAACAAAAGAUGGGGUCAUCUAUCACCACUUGUGGUCGGGUGAUGAGAUCAUGGCACUUCUCAAGGAACACGGCCUGGCGAAAGAAGAGGAACAAGAAACGGGCUGA